AUGAUGCGGCGGUUGGACCGCGUGGUAGUGGAUGAAUGCUAUAUUAUCAUGAACCCGCAGAGGGAUUUCCGGCCAGAGAUGGCCCAGUUAGGCCAGUUGGUACGCGCGCGCACGCAGAUGGUGUAUUUAACCGCCACGUUCCCCCCGCAGAUGGAAGGCGAGUUCAGCCGGCGCAUCCAUUACCCGCGCGACCAGAUAUAUAUAUAUCGCGCACGCACCAGCCGCCGCAACGUGGCGUACCGCGUGUGGCGGCCCGCGGUGGGUAGUAGCCCGUACCAGUGGCAGCAGGAUCCCGGUAUCAUCGCAUUCAUGCAGGCGCGCAUCCAGCAGGCGCGGCGGGCCGGUGGUGGGAAGGUGGUGAUAUACGCUAACGCCAUACGGCAGGUGCAGGCCAUGGCUGAGAUAUUCUGGGGCGAGGCGUACCACAGCCAGCAGGUGGACCGCGCAGGGGUGUUGGAGCGGUUCAUCCAGGGCACCACGGGCGUGAUCGUGGCCACCAACGCGUUGGGCAUGGGGGUGGAUAUCCCUGACAUCCGGGUGAUCAUCCACAUUGGCGCGCCGCGGACGUUGUUGGAUUACGCGCAGGAGAGCGGCCGGGCCGGGCGGGACGGGCAGGCCAGCGAGGCCAUCAUCAUCCAGCCAGAGGGGAUGGACGCGCAGGGUCGCGGCGGCGCAGGUGGUCACCAUCCAUGGGAGGAGGCGGAGGACCAGGAUGAGGAUCAGGAUAUGGAGGCACAGCGGGUGCAGAGAUACAUGCAGGCGGGAGGGUGCCGGCGGGUGGUUUUAGACGAGUAUUUAGACGGGAUCAUUGAUGGAUAUGAGCGGCAGCGGUGUGGGGAUGCCCCAGCAGAGGCAGGGCAGGAGGAGCAGGCGUGUGACCGAUGUGAUCCCGGUUGGCAGGCCCAGCAUGCGGCCGGCACCAGCACCACCAGCACCACCAGCAGCAGCGGUUCCCAGGCAGUUCAGGUUCGGGUUUGGAAGGAGGCACCAGCGCGCGGGCCCGCGCAGGCCACCACGCCGCCAGCAACCCAGCCAGGGUUAGGGUUUAGAGAGGAUAGACAGGGUGUUAGACCAGGAGAUGAUCGCCCCGCGAGCAGUGGAUCCAUCGUUAGCCAGAUUAGAUACGAACCACCACCACCACCACCACCAGGGGCAGAGGCAGAGGCAGAGGCAGCCGCCAUGGCCGCCAUAACACCACCAGCCAGCGCGGAAGCAUUGGGGCUAGGGAUCAGAUCAGUUCCAGGUAGCAGCAGGCCAGAUGCCGGCCGCCAUGAAGCUGGUGAGGUUGGCCCAAGCAGUUUAGCAGUGGUUAGGGUUCCAGCCACUAGCAGCUAGGCAUCGCAGGCGUCGCAGUGGGCGGCAGGGGAUAUAUAUUUCCAGCAGGAGCACGCGCGGCAGUGGUUAGACGAGGAAUUUGGGGAGCAGGAGGCGCGGCAGUGGCAGGAUC